ACAUUUUCAACAUUCUCUUUAGGGGUUAAUAGGAGUUGUUGAUCCAUGCAGAAUUAUCUUGCGGAAAGGAGAAGCACCAUUUAAACAUCAAACAACACUGGGGGAAAAAGCAUUUUUAACAUCUGGUGCUUUGUGCGGCUUUUUUGGGAAUGCUGUUCAUUUGAGAUUUACGGCUGAUAAAAGCCAGAGAUUCUGUGUAGCAUUUAACAAUCACCCGUCUGUAUCGCGUGUUAUUUGAACAGUAGCAUAUUAAGCAUCGUGUUUGACAGCCAACUGGUUGCGUUGUUCAAAUGCUCGGACCGAGUACGGCACUUCAGUUGAGUCGCUUACAGCGGAGCUUCCUGGAACAGUCACAAGGUGUUGAUCACACCCUAGUGUGCACAUUCAGAUGGGAGCAUAGUCCCUUCUCAUGUUCUGGAGAGUGACAUGCCCACCACUGCCCACUUCCAAAGGUAUCCCUUCUUUCAGCAGAAGCUCAGCAAAGAUGACAUUUAAUAUCUCCCAUUAAGUGGCCAGAGGCGGACAGCAAUGUGGAGCGUAGGGUCCCGUUUUGCAGGGAUGUCCUCAAAAUGUCCUGGGUCCCAUGGCGAGGCCAGUGCCUGAUGUCGACACAACCAACCCAGGGUGCGGAACGUUCCGGAACUUGUAUCUGAUGGGUCUCAAUGUGAAGCUAUCCCAUGAUGCAACAUGUGUCCCCAGCACCAGCACUGACAAUGAUGGCCACACAGAGUGUUCCUCCACCAUCGUACCAGGAGAGCCAACAGAUGACGGGCACCACGCAACAGAACUCUAAGACCCAGCCGGUCCACCUCCCAGCAUCCUCUGGGGCGGUGGCCACGCCAGUCAGUGUGACUCUGGACCCGCAGGCCCAGCUGGAGUCAGACAAGCGAGCCGUUUACAGACACCCCCUGUUCCCGCUGUUGGCCUUGCUUUUCGAGAAGUGCGAGCAGGCCACGCAAGGGUCUGAGUGCAUCACGUCGGCCAGCUUUGAUGUCGACAUUGAGAACUUCGUCCACCAGCAGGAGCAGGACCACAAGCCAUUCUUCAGCGAGGAUCCUGAACUGGACAAUCUGAUGGUGAAGGCCAUCCAGGUUUUGCGGAUCCACCUUCUGGAGCUGGAGAAGGUCAACGAGCUCUGCAAAGACUUCUGCAACCGCUACAUCACCUGCCUCAAGACUAAGAUGCACAGCGACAACCUGCUGAGGAACGACUUGGGGGGGCCCUACUCCCCGUCCCACACCUCCCUCGGGCUACAGCAGGACCUACUGCAAGGCUCCACCCCGUCCAUGACAGCAGUCUCCAGCUCUGUCAACCCCUCAGGCAUCGUGGUCCCCGGCAACGCCCUGCAGCAAGGCAGCGUUGCCAUGACCACCAUCAACUCACAAGUGGUGUCAGGUGGGGCCUUGUAUCAGCCGGUUACCAUGGUGACAUCACAGGGGCAGGUGCUAACCCAGGCUUUACCCCAGGGGACUAUCCAGAUCCAGAAUGCACAGGUAAACCUGGACCUCUCGUCCCUCCUUGACGGCGAUGACAAGAAGUCAAAGAACAAGAGGGGUGUGCUGCCGAAACACGCCACCAACAUCAUGCGCUCCUGGCUCUUCCAGCACCUCAUGCACCCGUACCCCACAGAGGAUGAAAAAAGACAGAUAGCUGCACAGACAAACCUCACCUUGCUGCAGGUCAACAACUGGUUCAUCAACGCCCGCAGGCGGAUUCUGCAGCCCAUGCUGGAUGCCAGCAACCCCGACCCUGCCCCGAAGACCAAGAAGAUGAAGUCUCAGCACCGGCCGACCCAGCGCUUCUGGCCGGACUCCAUUGUGGCUGGUGUGCUGCAGACCCACGGGACACACUCUGGCAACAACUCAGACAGCUCCCUUGCCAUGGACAGCUUGCAGCCGCUGUCUUCUGACUCUGCCACUCUGGCAAUGCAGCAGGCCAUGCUGGGGGGAGGAGAGGACUCCAUGGACGGCUCGGAGGAGGAGGAGGACGAGGACGAGGAGGAAGAAGGGAUGGAGGAAGAGGAGGAUGAGGAAGAGGAGGAGGAGAGAGCAAGGGCGAGGCAGCUGCACAGUGCCGGAGUGAGGGACCUAGGCCUCGAGGACAACGAGGGCAUGGAGUGAGGAGAGAUGAAGAAGAGGAGGGGGAGGGAACGGCACAGCCGGACCAGGGCAAUCACGCUCACCACACUGCACGAACACAGCACACACUCACACACUCACACACUCAGCUCGCCAUCUAUCCCAGCAUCAGCCACACACUCACGUAGACAGCGGACUUUGGUUUGGGCCCUCAUUCUUCUCCGGGGAAUAGACUUGACUUUGCGAUGACGGCGUGCAAGCAGAUAUGUGUGGAAAUAUCGAAGAAGUGGAAGAGGAGAGUUAACUACGGUUAUUGGGGAGGGGAUUUUGUAUUUCUGGCAAAAAACAAUAGCUAUUAUGUGUCAAACUAACCCUCUUUGGUUUUGUGUGUGUUUAAACACAUAGAAACUGAUUUGGUGUUCCUAUCUACCAUGAUGAACGAUAUGGAGUAUGUUGAUAAUCUUGACAACUCAAUUAUGUACAAAUGUCGACCGUCCGGAAAUGCUGGUAGGGGGCUGCAGGAAGUGAACCAUUUUUUUCUGUGUAACGCUGAGUCCUUCCCCAACAUGCAGACGGAGUUCUACCAGUACGUCUCACUCCCCUCUCAGGUUGAUUUCAUAAUGCAAUCAUUGAUCACGUAAGUGAUUUCGCUGAAGCGCAUAUGGGAUUUUUUUUUUCUUCGAAGCAUGAUUUAUAAUAAUAGUUCAUAUCAACAACAAAUCGUUUCUAGAAACAGUGCAGAAGGACAGCGCAAAGUAUGUGUAUUUGACUUUUGGAGCCAUGGUAGACAUUGGAGGCAAGUCAUCUCCAGUGUCUCGAAGAAGGCAGCGAUCUUCCUACAUGAUGGGCACGUGCCUGUAAAUAGGGAAAGACGGGCUUCCGGUAUUACGAUUGUUUAUUACGAGGAAAAGGACGCCGCCCGCCCAGCUAGGAUGGGACCUGAGAGCGAUAACACAAAUGCAAGUGGAGCAGAAAAGAACGAAAUGUCUAAAAGCAACCAAAACAUUAAUAAAAAGACGGGUGUGCUGUGUCACUACUGUCAAUCCAGAAGAAUGAAAGAGGGAUGAAUAAUGAAAGGACGAAAACGGAAAGAACGAUUUGGAAGGAGGCUUGCCUGAAACGAAUCACAUUCUUAAAACGACUCUUUUUUAUGUGAAGGACUUGAAAACUAUGAAAGAUACUUCUGCCAUUUUUAUUGUGCGACAUGAAUCUGCGUAAAAUGAGAUCACCUGUUGCUGACAUGAUAUUUGAAGGAAAAUGUUCAGAAAUGUUCAUUGAAAUAGUUCUUCGUGAAGUCUGUUCCUCAUUGUUUCUUGAUCUCGCUUGCUUUUCAAAUGCAUUUUUGUUUAUCUCCAAAGCAAGUUAUGAAUAGGGAAAUUUUUAUUUUGUUUGUAUACAUCGUUGGCAUAAUCUAUUGUGUUUCAAUAGAAUGUUUUUUUUAAUUAUUAAAAAAAAUAAUCAACUGCUUCAA